AUGUUGAGCUCCAAUUCAUUUCAUGCUAAACUCAUUCCCAGGAAUCAACCCCUCGAGAGCGACAGCGUGGGCAAGGUCGAGACGGAGGCCUACCCCUACGACUUGGGCAGUUACUCGCGCAAGGUCACGACCAAUUCAGAUGCUGCCCAGACGUGGUUCGACCGGGGACGUGUGUGGGCCUAUGCCUUUAACCACGAGGAGGCCGCACGAUGCUUCGCCAGAGCUGCCGAGCACGACCCUCGGUGUGCCAUGGCAUACUGGGGCCUCGCCUACGCUGUCGGGCCCAACUACAACAAGACCUGGGCUCGCUAUGACGCCGAAGACUUCAAGGCCAGUGCUCAGAGAGGCAGUGAGGCUCUGGCUCGCGCGACGGAGCUCAUAGAGCAGGCAUCGCCUGUUGAGCAGGCUCUCAUUCGGGCCCUCGUCACCAGAUUCCCCUCGGCGAAUGCCGCCUCAGACGAGACCCCGGCCACCCUCGACCGUGCCUACGCAGAUGCCAUGAAGGCCGUCCAUGACAACUUUCCAUCCGACCUAGAAGUCAAGGCUCUCUACCCCGAAUCUCUCAUGUGCAUCCGCCCCCGCCAGCUGUGGAACCUCGACACCGGUGCCCCGACGACCCAGGAGACUGUCGAUGCCCGCCAUGCCAUCGAGGCUGGCUUCGCUCUGCCGGGUGGCCACACUCAUGCCGCUCUGAACCACCUUUACAUCCAUCUCAUGGAAAUGUCCCAGACCGUUGCUCUGGCCCUCCCCGCCGCCGACCGCUUGCGCGACCUCGUUCCCGACGGUUCACAUCUACAACACAUGGCCACCCACAUUGACGCCGCUGUCGGUGACUACCGCCACAGCAUCGAAUCGAACCGCCGCGCGCUCGGUCCGACGACAUCUACUUUGAGCGCGACUCAGCGAGCGGCGGUAUUCUCGUGCACGCCCUCAUACGUUUCGGGCGGUGGGAGGACCUGCUGGAGGUCGAGGCACCAGCGGAUGGGAGGCCUCUGGAGCAUCACAACGGCCGUCACUUUCUAUGGGCGAGCCAUCGCGCUUGGCGUCUUGGGGCGGAAGGAGGAGGCACGGGCGGAAAGGGACAAAUUCGAACAAGCGCGGGCUGCUGUGCCUAGGGAACGUCGAUGGGGUGUCACGGCUGUGGCCAAGGAGGUACUCGAGGUGGCGUCCCUCAUGUGCGAAGGUGAACUUGUCUACCGUGAGGGAGAGCAUGACCGAGCCUUUGACCUACUUCGCCGGGCCGUCACACUCGAAGAUAACCUGCCCUAUAGCGACCCGCCGCUCUGGAUGCAGCCCGUCAGGCACGCUCUGGGCGCUUUAUUGCUCGAGCAGGGCCGUUCCGAAGAGGCCGAGGUGGCGUACCGGCAGGACUUGGGCCUCAGUAAGGACCUGUCUCGGCGAAAGGCCAGGCUCGGUAACGUUUGGGGGUUGCACGGGCUGCAUGAGUCUCUCGUUCGCAACGGCAAGAAGGACGAGGCAUGGGCGCUCAGUCUGCAAAAGGACGUUGUCACAGCAUCUGCCGACAUUCGUGUCGCUGCGUCCUGUUUCUGCCGGGUGUCUGCGGUGGGAAGCAGACGAACGGCGUGUGCUGUGCCUAGCUGA